AUGCCUCAUUCCACAAAUAAAGAACUGAUAUUUGGCAUCAUGGUGGGAACUACUGGAAUCAGCUUGCUUCUCUUAUGGUACCACAAGGCUCGUAAAUCAAGGACAGCACUGAAUUUACCUAAAUUUCUGUCUCUGGGUAGUAAGUUUGAUGCGAUGACUUUUCAAGAUGAAAUGUAUAAUGGCCGUGGAACAGUAGCAAUCUUUCAAGGAAGGCAGCUUCAGAUACUGGAGAAGUUAAAUGAAUUACUGACAAAUAUGGAAGAACUCAAAGAGGAAAUCAGAGUCCUUAAAGAAAUCGUUCCAAAGCUGGAGGAAUAUAUACAAGGUGAACUUGGAGGGAAAAUAACUGUUCAUAGGAUAAGUCCUCAACACAGAGCUAGAAAAAGAAGACUUGCCACCGUUCAAAGUCCCACAACAGGUAAUAGUUCAGAGGAAGCAGAAAGUGAAGGAGGGUAUAUUACAGCUAAUACUGACACAGAAGAACAGAGUUUUCCUGUCCCUAAGGCAUUUAACACACACAUAGAGGAAUUAAAUUUAGAUGUCCUUCUUCAGAAGGUUGAUAAUUUACGUAUGAAUGAAUCUAGCAAGAUGGAGAGUUUUGAACUACUUUGUGACCACAAAGAAAAGUUUAGAGAUGAAAUAGAGUUUAUUUGGAGGUUUGCUCGCGCUUAUGGAGACAUGUAUGAGCUAUCUACGAAUGCACAAGAAAAGAAACAUUAUGCUAAUAUUGGGAAGACAUUGGGGGAAAAAGCUAUUACUAGAGCGCCCAUGAAUGGGCAUUGUCAUCUGUGGUAUGCAGUCUUGUGUGGCUAUGUGUCCGAGUUUGAGGGCUUACAAAAUAAAAUCAACUAUGGACAUCGCUUCAAGGAGCAUCUGGAUAAAGCAAUCCAGUUUUUACCCGAAGAACCUUUUUUGUAUUACCUCAAAGGAAGAUACUGUUAUACUGUCUCGAAACUGAGCUGGAUUGAGAAAAAAAUGGCUGCUACUCUGUUUGGAAAAAUACCAUCCUCAACUGUAGAAGAAGCUUUGCAAAAUUUCCUUAAGGUUGAAGAACUACACCCUGGUUUUUCUAAGUCCAAUUACUUGUUCUUGGCCAAGUGUUACAUCGAUCUUGAACAAACAGAUGACGCUGUGAAGUUUUGUAAUUUGGCAGUAUUGCUCCCUUGUGUUACCAAAGAGGAAUACAAGGAAAUAGAUCAGUGUUUUCCUGCUCCCUUCUCGUACCGCCGCACAUUACCGUCCUCUGAAUCACAGCGGAAAGAAAUGCCUCAGAAAGGAGCAUCCCUUGUCUUCUCUGCGGAAGCAAAACCGGCUCCGAUGGUUGUUGUGAACCUCAAAUAUAGACACGCCCACAGCUCUCUAGCAGCUCACAGCCUGGGGGAGAAUAUAAGCCAUAUACCCAAGUAA